GUUGGUGGUUGUAAUUAUUAACGUCUUCAAAAACACCAAUAAACACCAUACAACAUUACAAAACAGCAACACACAACAUAGCUAGUGCAAGCUACGCUACUAAAAUGUUCCAGGAGUACAAAGAAGAACCUCUAACACCGGCCGGCCGGUUGUUUAUCCAACCGGAGACAAACAUCUCCGUCAUUUGCUGUUUAGGCACUCAUGAACCUCUCCGAAUCGAUGCCAUCAAAUCCGUUAUCGCGGAUUCGAUGCUAGCAAAGCACCCUCGGUUAUCCAGCAUUCUGGUCGUCGAUAAAAACGGCCACGAAUACUGGCGAAAAACCGAGAUCGACAUGAACCGACAUAUCAUCUUCCACAAUGAUCCCAUUGAAGGGGCCAAAGAUGACCAAGAUGCAGCCAAUAUUCUCAUGGCUGAUCUUGCUGUGUCGGUUCCAUUUGAAACCGACAAGCCUUUGUGGGAACUUCAUUUGUUGAUUUCUCAUAAAUGUGCCGUCAUUCGAGCGCAUCAUGCGCUUGGUGACGGUGUUUCCUUGCUAUCUUUUUUCUUGGCAAUGUGUCGAAAAGCCGACGAUCCGGAGAAAAUGCCGAGCAUGAAUCCGGUUGUUGUUACUAGAAGCAACGGUGGUGGGGAGGCCAUUGGAGGGAUAUUGUGGAGGUUGUUGAAGUUGGUGUGGUUCACGGUGGUGUUUGUGGUGGAUUUUAUAGCUAGGGUUUUGUGGGUUCGGGAUGAGACGACGGUGGUUAGUGGCGGAGCUGGGGUGGAGCUUUGGCCAAGGAAGUUGGUGACCGCAAGGUUUUUGAUUGACGACAUGAAGAUUGUCAAGAAAUACAUCCCGAAUACAACAAUAAAUGACGUUCUGUUUGGCAUAAUUUCAUAUGGGUUAUCAAAAUAUCUGGACAAUCGAUCUUCAAAACCUUUACGUGAAGGUUUGCGAAUGAGUGGAGUAGCCAUGGUCAAUCUACGACCGCAACGAGGAUACCAGGAUCUGGAAGAGUUGAUGAGGGAUCCAAAAGCAGGGUGGGGAAACAAAUUUGGUAUGUUGGUGUUGCCCACAUACUACCACAAAAGUGGGUCGGAUCCAUUGGAAUAUUUGAGGAGGGCAAAGGCCAUGAUUGACCAGAAAAAGUCCUCUUUAGAGAGCUUUUUUUCCUACAAAUUUGGUUACUUGAUCAUGUCCAUCCUGGGUGCAAAGUAUGCAAGCCUAUUAAAUUACAGAAUUCUAUGCAACACAACGUUUACAAUUUCAAACGUUGUUGGUCCAAAAGAAAAACUUACGUUCGCAGGCCAUCCCGUGGACUACAUCAAAACAACCUCAUCAAGCUUACCACAUGCGAUUACAAUGCACAUGGUGAGCUAUGCAGGAACAGCCUACAUGCAGAUCCUGGUGGCAAAGGAUCUUGUUCAUGACCCUGAAGUUUUAGCCAAAUGUUUGGAAGACGCAAUGCUCGAGAUGAAAGAAGCAGCGUUGCCCAAGAUCAAGAGAAAGUAAAUUCAAUAAAUGUAAGAAGAGACAGAUAAACCGGAAAAUACAAAACUUCAAAGCAAAACCUGCCGGUUAUAUAUUGUUUACUGAAUUAUUUAUAUUUCUAAGGGGAAUUUUUAUUUUAUUUA